AAAGGGCGGACCACCGGAGAUGACGAAUAAGGAAGCCAUCGAAAGUCCGACCGCCUUACCAUCACUUAUUUUUGUGUCUAUUAUUAUUAUUUUGGGCCCUUCGUUUUACAUUUUUUAAAUUCUCUGACGUUUUUAAACGUUCUUAGAGCACGUUAUUUGCGAUGCAGUGCUGAGCCGCUAUGUUGUAGGUUUAUUAUUAUUUUGCGCUGGGAAGACGCCAAGGCUGCUGGGAAAUACGCCAAAAUACGAAACCCAAAAGAACGUUGAUGGAACGACUUGGAAAUUAGUACUAAGUCUAAUAAAAAGUCAUGUCGUUGCGUGAGGAGAGAGAGAGGAUCCAGCAACAAGUGGAACUUUUGCAGAGACGUUUAUGUGCCAGCAACGAUGAACUGCUACAAGUCAGCAGCGACGACACAGAUGACGAGUCCAGUUUUGACACAGACCAAGAGGUGGGGCAGUCAACUGCAGGUUUGCUGGCUGAGAGGCAAAAAAUUGAGACAGAGAUCCAGAACCUGGAGGAAUUUCUGGGACCACACAGCCCCAUCACUGUGUCAGAUGCUGAUGAUGAUGAUGACAGCAGCAACAGCAGCAGUGAAAGUGAGCUGGGUCUGUCCAAUAAUGUGGACUCGUGCCUUCAAAUGAACCUGGUGUACCAGCAGAUCCUUGAAGAGAAGCUCAAGCAGCUGGAAACGUUGCUGUCGCACAACCAACGACAACAGAGGGAGGCACUGUCUCAACUGUCUGGGCCAGUCAGAGAAGCUUCCAAAGAAGAACUUGCCUCUUCGUCGUGCCCAAAGCAGACCAACUUAUUCCUGGGUCACUUCUUGAAGCCGUACUUCAAGGACAAAGUCACCAGCCUGGGUCCUCCUGCCAAUUGUGAUACAAAGGACAGAAUGAUGAAGAUGAAGGGUUGCCUCGAUAGCAGCAAGGUGAAAGUCAAACGAUGGGAGGGUUGGCAGAAGACGUUGCUGAUUGACGCGGUGACCAGAGACAGUAUGAAGAGACUCAUCCAGCCCAAGCUGUCCAGGAUGGACUACCUGAGUCAGAAGUUGACGUUAUCGAAUAUAUCGGAAGAUGACAAGCGGCAGCUCAAAAUUCAAAUUGAAAAUCUGGAGAAAGACAUCAAAUCCAUCAAAGAGAAAAAGGAGGAGGAGCUUGUUGGGAAUCAGUACGACGACCAUGACUGGCAGAAGAUUGCCAAGAUCGAUUUUGAAGGCCUUCGCGAGACGGACGACAUUCGUCUCUUCUGGCAGAACGUUCUGCACCCCGCUGUCAACAAAACACGCUGGAGUGCUGAUGAGCUUCAGCAGCUCAAGGAGGUCAGCAGCAGAUACAAGGAGACCAACUGGCACCUCAUUGCACAGGAGUUAGGGACGGGCCGCACCGCCUUCAUGUGCCUGCAGACAUUCCAGAGAUUCAUCUCAUCCUCUCUAAAACGCGGUGCUUGGACUCCCGAUGAGGACCAGAAACUCACACAGUUCGUCGAAAAGAUGCGCAUCGGGAACUUCGUACCAUACACGCAGAUCAGCUACUUUAUGGAGGGUCGAGACAUCUCUCAGCUCAUCUACAGAUGGAGUUCAGUUUUGGACCCCCAGCUGAAGAAAGGAACCUGGUCCAAAGAAGAGGAUCAGCUGUUGCUGAGAGCAGUUAAACGCCAUGGGGAGAAGAGUUGGUGGAAAAUCCGCUUGGAGGUUCCAGGACGCACCGAUGGAGCUUGCAGGGACCGAUAUCUGGACUGCCUGAAGGAAGGAACCAAGAAAGGAAGUUUUGAUUCUCAUGAGCACCAACUCCUCCUCCAGCUGCUGGAGAAACACGGUGUCGGUUGCUGGGCAAAGAUAGCAGCAGAGAUUCCAAACCGUAAUGACGCUCAGUGUCUUCGAGAAUGGAAGAAAAUGAUGAGACGUGCAAAAAGGCGGCCUUCAUUGGACAACCCACUCAGAAAAAAACGGCGGCGUCUGCAGAAAUGCAAAGAGGACGAAGAGGAGAAAGAAGAGGAUAGCAGCCAGGAAGACACUGAUGAGGACCAGAUUCCAUACAUGGACAGUAAUGACGAAAAGGAAGAAGAAGAGGUGGAGGAAUUAGUGGGAAAUAAUGAGGAAGAGAAACAGGAGGAAGUCCAUUAUCUGGUCCCACCCAUGCAUGAGUGGGUCCCACAGAAAGAAAGUCAAGAGUUCAGUUCCCCGAACACGCAGCUGGUGACGCUGGAACCCGCACCUGGCCUCCACCAGUCAAGACCAGCACACGUACGGUCCACAGUGGUGGCCAAGUUCGGCCGCUCGGUGGUGGUGGGUCCUCCUCCCCGUGCGCUGAGCUGGGAGGAACGCCACCUGGACGGCGCCAUGAUGAUGAUAUCACAGGAGCAGCUGCGUUCACACUUGUGUAAUAAGUGCAAAAACCUCAACCCUCACCCCAAAAAGGGGUCCCGCAUGACAGAUACGGUGAUGGACUACAUGCUGCAAGCGGCCGUGUUACCUUGGGUGGGCAACGUCCUCACGCCCGGCCAGGACGCACCCACGCUGGCUGAUGCCCUCGGGGACAAAACAGCACUGAGUUCCACCCUAGUCUUCAAGCUCCUCCUACAGGCCAUGAUGAUAGACAUCUCGGGCUGCAAGGACGUCAUUCUCAAGCGUGGUUGUGAGAAGCAGCUCCAACAGCCGCCUCGGCAGAGAGCGCCUCUGCCGCCUCCGCGCUCACCGCAGCGGAGGUCCGGCCAGAUUUCUCAGCUGGCAUCCCAGCAGAAGCCCCAACGGAAGUCCCCGGGCUUCAAGAACCCCAACACUGUGGCAGCCAUGUUGCGCUCCACACGGGCCCGCCCCCCAGACGCACAGCCAGCAUUGAUAAUGCGACAGGCUCCGCCCACUCUCAUCCAUCCGCAGUCCCAUCCUUCAGUUUUCCUCUUGCCCACGCCCCCUUUAUUGACCAUGACACCUCGAGCUCCACCUCCAUUUCCAGUCCGAUCAAAGACGUUGCCUCACCUCGUGCCCCUCCUCCCCCGCCCCCCUCCUCCUCGCAUUUGUCUGCUAACGUCACCCCCUCUUUCUGUGCGCUUAGUGUCCUCUCCCCUGCCUGUGGUCCCCGCCCAGGCCACGCUCCCUCUUGGUUCACCCACUCCCAACUCAUCUGUCGUACUUUCCUUGGCACGGCCCACCUCCACUGUCACUACUGACCAUGCCAACCCCAUCCCUGAGCCGCAACCCACGGGGAAGAAACGGGGGCGGGAAGAAGAUUCUGGGGCAGGUCUUCCCACCGAUGGAGGGAAACGAGCUAGAAAGCCAACUCACAAGGCCCUUGAAUUACAGGCUUCUGACGCCAAAAAGAGGAGACGAGGUUGGCAUAAGUCCAAAACCAAAGAGGGUGGAGCCACACAGGUGACUCUGCUACCCUGGGUGCAGGCGCCGGUUCAAUUUGCUCCUGCCAGUGGGUGUGUCCAGGUCCUGCAAUCACCCCCUCUUGUGCGACGUGCGCCCCUUGGACCCCUUCCCUCUGCCAGCGGCCCUUCCCCCGUGAGGUCUGAGGUUGCUGCUCUGAACGUCGAUCCCUCCCUGGUGUUCUUGGAGUCACCAGCAGCGGUUGGUGAUUGGCUGAGCGGCCGAGGAGGCGUGGCCGUGCCCACACGAAUGGGCGUGUCUCUGCCCUAUCUGCCUCCGUGCAGCAGCAGCCUCAGCGCGCUCACUUCCAUCCUUGCCAAAAAAAUUCAGCUCACUGAAAAGGCCGCACAACUUCAAAAGAGCUAUGCCCAGACACAGGCAAUGCCCUCUCCCCUGCCUGAUGCUUCCUCUGACCAAACAGAGUCUUUGCUGCGUGCGUUGGUGAAGGAUCGUUUGGGCUCCAAUCCAGCAUACGUGCUGUUGAAAGCUCGAUUCUUGUCCAUGUUUGCCCUCCCUGCCCUCCUGGCCACUAUGCAGCCUGUUGCCACGGCGACAUCUCCACGCACGGCGCCGCGUGAUGGCAAAAAAGUGAAGACGAAAGAAAAUGCACGGCGGCGGGACGUUCCUAAGAAGUUUGCAUGUGAUGGCUCAGGACCUCCAGCCAGUCACUUCUCCGGAAUUGGCACUAAUGGCGCCACCCAACCACGCCCCAGUGAAACUAUCAGCAACCAAUGAGAAGUUUUGAAUGUUUGAGUGUUUCUUGUUUACACGUGUGCUUGAAGUUGUUAAGAUGAGUUCAGGAGCGCCUGUUUUGCUCAUUGUUUGUUAAUAAAGUUAUUUAAGUAAAA